CUAGCGCCGUGACAUUCGUGAUAACGAACACAGAACACCCACGGAGAGAUCUUCGAUCCCAAGUUCUCUAUUAAUGGCAGACAUCUGAUCGAAACAUGACUGCAGAGACAUUCAGAGCUGUCCGGCUGUGUCGGCAUCAUCUGUCUCUGUUGGAACGAUACCAUGCUUCGCCUCAUGUACUGCUACGUCGAUCUCUCCGCACACACAGAGUCGAGAAGAGCCGGGGAGUGGUGACGAAGAUGCUGCUGGGGGUCGCCGUGGGAACACCGGUGGUGGUGGGAGUCAAGUACGGCAUAUCCGAGCCGAGGGAGAGGAGGAAGAUGAAGAUCUUAGCGGAAGGCGCGGGGCGCUUCUGUAGAUCUUUGUACGUUGGAAUGGUGAUCUCUGUAGAUUAUUGGUGGACCUCCAAUGUUGCUCUCAGGGGAAUGGAUGAGAGCAGCCAGGUGUAUAUGGAGGGCAUGUCGGCGUGCCAUCAGCGGGCGGCUGACAGCAUGGUGGAGGGGGCCGUGCAGAAUGGCGGCCUCUACAUCAAACUGGGCCAGGGCUUGUGCGCCUUCAACCACCUGCUGCCCCCCGAGUACAUCCGCACGCUGCGCAUCCUGGAGGACAAGGCCCUCAAUCGCAGGUACAAGGAGGUAGAUGCCCUUUUUCAGGAAGAUUUCAAUACAACUCCAAACAAGAUUUUCCGGAAGUUCGACUACGAUCCGGUAGCAGCUGCCAGUCUGGCCCAGGUGCACAAAGCAGAGCUGCAUGAUGGGACUCCAGUGGCUGUGAAGGUUCAGUACAUAGACCUGCGGGAUCGCUUUGAAGGUGACAUCCGGACGGUGGAGAUCCUUCUGGACAUUGUGAAGCUCAUGCACCCCAGCUUUGGCUUCCGCUGGGUCCUCAAGGACCUAAAGGGCACCCUGGCCCAGGAGCUGGACUUUGAGAAUGAAGGCAAGAACUCAGAGCGCUGUGCGGAGGAGCUGAAACAUUUUAAAUUCAUUGUGGUCCCAAAAGUCUUUUGGGAUUACACCAGCAAGAGGGUGCUGACUGCCGAGUUUUGUGAGGGCUGCAAAAUCAACAAUGUUGAAGAGAUCAGGAGGCAAGGGCUCAGCCUGAAAGAUACAGCAGAUAAGCUUAUUCGGACGUUUGCCGAGCAAAUCUUUUACACAGGAUUCAUUCAUGCCGAUCCGCACCCGGGCAAUGUGCUUGUACGGAGAGGACCAGAUAAGAAAGCGGAGUUGGUUCUCCUUGAUCAUGGCCUCUAUGAGUACCUCAGUAAAAGUGACAGAGUAGCCUUGUGUAAGCUGUGGCGCGCUAUCAUUCUGCGGGACAAGGCAGGCAUGAAGAGGUACUCCAAUGAUCUUGGGGUCAAAGACUACUUCCUGUUCUGUGAGAUGCUCCUGCAGCGGCCAAUCAACAUGCGGGAGCUUGGCCUGGGGAACAUCCUGAGCCGGGAGGAGACGGCGUACAUGCGCAACAUGGCCGCCAACCACUUCGACAACGUCAUGCAGGUGCUGAAGGCCCUGCCACGGCCCAUGCUGCUGGUGUUCCGUAACAUCAACACGGUGCGCAGCAUCAACAUUUCCCUCGGAGCGCCCAUCGACCGCUACUUCGUCAUGGCCAAGAGUGCUGUGCGAGGGUGGGGCAAGAUCCAGGCUGACGACACCAGGGUGCUGCCCAGCUUCGGACUCUUCUGCUGGCUCAGGACCACCUGGGAGAGCCUCAAGUUCGAGUGUGCUCUGAGGACAGAGAUGGCCAUGAUGAGCCUGACCCGAUCCCUGCUCCAAAUCCUCUCCUUCUUCGGUCUCAUCACGCUGGACCAGGACGUGUACCAGUACCUGAAGUGAGGUGGACACACCUGUCACCCAAACUUCCUACCUCAGCAGGGGACCCAUUCUGUGGAAACAUGCAUCUGGCACCGCCAGAAUAAUGCAAGAAAGAUCAAAUCAUGGAUUUUUCAUAUGAAAUCUCUUAGGCUUUUGUAAUCAAUGGAUGUUGAAGGGGUUUUAUUAUUUAUUUUUUAUCAUCAAACUAGUGCUGUUUUCUAUUGCUGACUCUCCAAGCCCAGGUUUUUUGAAUGUUCUUUCGCCCUUCUGUUGAGAACAUUUUCAUUUUGCAUUUCAAAGUUGAAGAAACCCAAUGAAGGAGGAGCAAUGACUAAAGAAGUGAAAUUGAAAAGGGUGUGAAGAAUAUUACUAACUUAACAAUAUUGUUGACAUGAAGCAAUACAAUCUCAUUUUACUUUUCACUUUCACACUGAAGUUGGCAAACUGAAGUUUAGCCUUAUGUGAAUUGUUUUAACCUUUUAUACGUGUUUUUUUUAAGUAAUUCCUAACAUAAUAUAAAUCUUAAAUACAUGCAUUAUUAAACAAAACAUUUUUUGUAUCUGUUAAUCAAUGCGAUUACUUCUACAAUAGCAUACUGAAAGUUUCUAUGUUGUACACGUAUGCCUUUGUGGCAGGUGUUCCCACGGAUUGGGGGUUGUACAGAUUUCACCAUGUUUUGUAAACCUGAACAUCCCUGAACAAGAGGAGGAAUAUCAGAUGAACACCAAAGCACACAACAUUUAACUGCUGCUGCUGUCAGGGUAACAUAUAUGUAUUAUCUGCUGGGAUAUUAUAUUUAUGCACAAUGUGCAGUUUCAUUUAGCACAAUAAAAAUAAAGCAA